AUGAUGGACGAGCCGAGCACGGACGACCGUCAGAGCACCAGGGAAGUGCCAACACCUCAGGAGCACCGCCAGGCGGACGCGGACCGCGAACGGAACGCCCGACAAACGACGGGCCUCAGAGAGCUGCCACAGAUGGAACCCAAGCUGGGCGCGGACGUUCGAGGGAGCACCAGGCAAGAGACAACACCUCAGGAGCAGCGCCAAGUGAGCGCGGACCACCAACGGAACCCCAAAUGCGGGUCCUGCCCCAGACAGCUGCCACGACCACAGAUGGUGGACGAGCCAAGCGCGGACGUCCGUGGGAGCACCAGGGAAGGGCCAAAACCUCGGGAGCAGCACCAGGCGGGCGCGGACCGCGAACGGAACGCCAGACACAGGACGGACCUCAGAGAGCUGCCACAGAUGGAAACCAAGCUGGGCGCGGACGUCCGAGGGAGCACCAGGCAAGAGACAACACAUUAUAAGCAGCGCCAGGCGGGCGCGGACGUUUCGUCCAGUCCGUCGCCCGGUCCUUCCGAUCGGCACGUCCCACCGUCCCAGUCACCAACGGACGGUACAGACGUCCCACCUGACAACCUUGCCGCCGAACAGGCUCCCGCACCGGACGCUGAGGAGACCAGUACAUCUUCACAACACCUGUUUGACAAUUUCAUUGUACCCACCGACGCCUUCGAACCAGAUCGACGCUCCUCCUUGCCGUCGUCCGACACUGAGGAACACGUGCGCAAACAACGCUCGCCACGUAGGCGCAAACGCCGUCGCCGUUCACCCACGGUCUCUCAGAGCGUUGCCACCCGCGACGACGAAGACGACACCCAAGCAGGCGACAUUUCCACGCAGAGGUCGGCGGACAACUUUCACGAUGAACAAGACGUUUCGCAGGACGGGACCACUAUGGAGGUCGCCACGCACAAUGUAACAAUCGGUGCGCCGGUUGAGACGCCUGUCUCCCCGCCGACAACUCCAGAUCUCUCUCACCACGACGCAAUUCCCAUGGACAUUGGACAGACCCACGGCACAGGAGCAUGGGCCGACGACAUUGAGGAAGGUACGCCCCCUCCUCCGGAUGAGUUACCUCCGCCGGACGAGGCUGCCUGUUAA